AACACAAGCAAAUCUUUUCAAGUGUUCUUCCUCUUUCUCCUCUCUAGCUAGCUUUCAAUUAGUGCUCCUUUGUAGUGAGUACAAGGGUGUUCUUAGAUCUCUCUAUCUCUCUUUGCUUUCAAUUUUGCCAAAGAAAAAUGGAGAACCAAGGGUGCUUUAGCAGUUUCAUAGAUAGAUGCAAGCCUUACAUAGCUAUGAUCUCCCUUCAAUUUGGUUAUGCUGGUAUGAACAUCAUCACUAAGGUGUCCCUCAAUAGAGGCAUGAGCCACUAUGUUCUAGUUGUCUAUCGACAUGCCUUCGCUACCGCGGUCAUCGCACCAUUUGCACUCAUUCUUGAGAGGAAAAUUCGUCCUAAGAUGACAUUCAGAAUUUUCAUUCAACUUUUCGUUCUUGGCCUUCUUGGGCCUGUGAUUGAUCAAAACUUCUACUAUGCUGGGCUAAAAUACACAUCACCCACCUUCUCAUGUGCAAUGAGUAACAUGUUACCGGCGAUGACGUUCGUCAUGGCAGUCCUGUUCAGGAUGGAGAAAUUAGAUUUGAAGAAAGUAAGGUGCCAAGCCAAGCUGGUGGGAACUCUAGUUACAGUACUUGGAGCAAUGUUGAUGACCUUAUACAAGGGACCCAUUUUGGAGAUGUUCUGGACACAGAAUCCUCACAAAACAAAUGCACCAGAGACAAAUGGGAAUUCUGACAAGGAUUGGGUUAAGGGUUCCAUCUUCCUUAUCAUUGCUACCUUUGCUUGGGCUUCUCUCUUCAUUCUUCAGGCAAUUACAAUGAGGAGAUACCCUGCUCAGCUUUCUCUUACAGCUAUGGUUGUCUUUUUGGGUACCCUCCAGUCUAUUGCAGUCACCUUUGUCAUGGAACACUCAACUUCUGUUUGGUCCAUUGGCUGGGACAUGAACCUCCUUGCUGCUGCCUAUGCUGGAAUUGUUUCUUCAAGCAUUGCCUACUACGUACAAGGACUAGUGAUGCAGAAGAGAGGACCUGUCUUUGUAACUGCUUUCAGCCCUCUGAUGAUGAUCAUUGUGGCCAUCAUGGGAUCUUUCAUUCUUGCUGAGAAGAUCUACUUGGGAGGUAUUCUUGGUGCUGUCUUGAUUGUUGCUGGUCUCUACUCAGUUCUAUGGGGGAAGUACAAGGAAUACAAGGAGAAGGAAGCUGAGGCAAUACCAGAACCCAUUAAAGGUGUAGAUGAGAAUGGUCGGACCAUAAUGAUGAUCGAAGACAUCGAUGAGAACGACAUUGAGAUGCAGAAAGCUGCAUCUAAGCUUGCUCCCAUCCCAGAGCCCCUCAUGAAAGCUAACCAAGCUCCAAAAGUCUAAACAUUUCAGGCAGAAAGAAGCUAAACCUGUUUACACAGAAAGAGAGAGAAGCUGAUAGGUGUUGGAAGGAAGGGCUUUUUUGUCUUUUCCCCUUGUAUCGCCUUUUUUUCUUCUUUUUCUAACCUCUUAUUUUCUCUCCUUCUGAAAAAAAAAUAUCUCUCUUACACUUUUUGUUCUUGGCACUGUUUACUUUCACCCAUGUAAUAUUCUGAAAAUUUGAGAAGUAAUGAAGAGAAUCUGAGAAUCUCCUUUCUGA